AUGGAUCUGAAGGACCGAAGGCACCGCUCUCUGACUAGAGGCCGUUGCUCCAAAGAGUCCCAGUACAACACCUCCUCCUUGGACGCAGACGAGUGCCGCGUGCCGACCCAGAAGUCAUACAGCUCCAGUGAGACCCUCAAAGCGUUUGACCAUGAGCAGAGGCUUCAUUAUGGUGGCUGUGUGACUGACCUGGUGCACCAUGAAGCCGAUGAAUACUCCAGGCAAGGCCUCCUGGAGUUCUCUCCUGUCCUCCUACGAUACCUCAUCUCAGUGGGAGAAAAAGACAACAAAGCCAGGAAGAGCAGGAAUGGGGGUAACUUCACCCUGGCUGAGCUGGGAGUGUGCGAGCCAGCUCCCACUCCACAUCCCGCUGCUGUUCCCUACUGUCCCGAGCUGGGACUCCUCCAGCGGGGUUACUCCCUCAGCGCCGGCUCAGACGCCGACUCAGACCCGGAGGGGCCCCUGUCUCCAGAGCGAGCCAUCCAGCUGUGGGCCGGACGUGGAGGGGCAAAGUCUCGCCGCAGCUCCGGAGUCUCCAGCCGUGAGAACUCGGCUCUCACUCUCACCGACUCCGAGAAUGACAACAAGUCUGACGACGAGUCAGUUUACCUUGAUGAUGAGGAGGACGAGGAUCCAUUUGGGGACUAUGUGAUCAGUGUGUGUGCCAUUCAUCUCUGCAGUGCUACCGCCGCACGUGUGCCGGUGCGCCGAUCCACACUCCACGAGCGCGCGUCUCUCCUCUUGCGCGGUGCUCCAGCGCUCAGCUCGCGGACAGUGCCUCAGAGAGCUCACUGA